GGAGAAAUUUGGCGCCAUGCCACCCUCGUCGCCGGAGCAAAGGUCACCGGAACCGGGAGGCCGUUUCUCAUGGCGUGGUCCCAUGCCCAGUAAAUCUCCCACCACCACCGCACGCUCGCCGAAGCCUGCCCUGCGCUCGGCGUCAUCCGUGUCGCGGUCGCCCAAGAGCCCCAACAUCCGCGCGUCGAACAUGAGCUUGGCGAGUGGUGAGUCCGUCGGUGGCAGGGCCUCCAGGGCCUCCAGAAGCUCUGCAGAUAGCGAGCAGCAAAGACAUCGCGCCUCUGAGGAGGCCUAUGUGGGACGUUUGAGCCAAGAGCACCCAGAACCAGACCCCUUUCUGGAGGCCUUUGAAUACUUCAAGGAGCAACAGAGGCGAUUAGACGUGGAGAGUAGCAUCACUCCUGAGCAAGUCGAGGAGGAAACCCGUUUCGGCUGUUUGCUGUCGGCUGAAGAGAUCGAUCAGCUUGUGGAGGAAGAUGCCAUCAGGCGGAGGAUUCAAAGUACCAUUCUGAUGGACAUCUUCUUCGGUCUGGUGAUCGUGGCGAAUGGUGCGAUGAUGGGCUUGACCACUCAGGGUGUGGUGGAUGAGAGUAGCGAUGAGGCCCAAAUCUUUGAACUUGUUUGUAUGGCGAUUUUCACGGUGGAGUUUCUUCUCCAUUGGUUGGCAGAGCGUUGCAGUGGCAGCCAUGGAUGCUGCGGGAGCCUGUGUCGUAUUAUGAAGGAUGGAUGGAUCCAGUUCGAUGUGUUGUGCGUCAUCAUGUCCUGGCUGGACUUUUUCCUCACCUUUGUCUUCAACAUUGGCGCGGGCACAUCCACCUUCGCAGUUCUCCGUGUGGUACGACUGAUGCGUUUGCUGCGCCUGGUACGUUUGCUGCGGAUCCUGCAACAGCUCUGGCUACUGCUGAGUUCGAUGAUUGCCUCGAUGAGGGUUCUCUUCUGGGCCAUCGCCAUGUUGGCGGCCAUUUGCUACAUUUUCGGCAUUUUGGUCUUCACGCUGUCCCAAAAUGGUAGCGACCCAUUGAUGGCCGCCCAGUGGGGUGGGGUCUUGGAGUCCAUGUUCUCGCUGGCAGAGAUCGCGACCUACAACGGCAUGGAGAUCAUCCGCAAGAGGACAGAAGGAUCAGAUGUCUUGCUGUUUCUGCCGGUGCUUUUCAUUUUCAUGGCCAUCACGUCCAUGGGGAUCAUGAACUUGAUCAUUGGAGUCCUUCUGACUGCAGUUCUUGAAAGGGGCAACCAGGUCGCGCAAGUCCAGCAUUUUUGGCUCACGCUGUUCCACCCGAAAGUGACGCCAAGAAGCGUCCCUCCCAUGGCUCCCGGUUCUGCGGAGACCCCGUUGCCCCGAGUUUCGACGGAAACGACGGAAGUGACCGAGACCAGCAACGGCUUCAACAGAAUCCGUGAGGCAUUGCCGGGUCCAGGGUAUUUCAGUUUCCACACCGCAAGUUCAACAAGCACUGUGAAUUUGGAGGAACCCCAGAUCGUGAUCUAUGGGCGAGCCUUGGACAAGAUCAAAGUUUCCAAGGUGGAGCGGAAGGCGUCUCUACGUGACGACAAGGAUCGCGAGCCUUCCAACACGGUCCUGUUCUGGUUGUGUUCAACCAUUGCGUUGAAGGGGGUCGCUACGCAACUCAUUUUCGCCUGCCAGAAAGCGCUGCAGGAAAAUUUGGAUUUCCAGCUCAGUCACUUUGCAGCACUGACUACGGUGCAGAUGAUUUUGACCAAUUUGGCUGGCCCCUUUUGGGCUGCUUUGGCAGACCGUGGCACCCUGGAGAAAAAGACGAUUCUCAUUGUGGGCUGUUUGGGAGAAGGCAUCUCAGCCACUUGCUUUGCCUUCGUCCCCAACUUUACGAUGAUGAUGGUUGUCCGUGCCUUCAGUGGCUUCUUCCUGGCAGCCCUGAGGCCAAUAUGCAACGGAAUCGUUGCAGAUCUAACCAGUGAGAACCGACGUGGGAAGGUCUUUGGAAGAGUCCAAGGGGCUUUGCUGUGCGGCAUGUUCGUUUCUGACCUCAUUGCCGUAAACAUGGCGAAUCAGUCCUACUGGCUGGCCGGCGCCAAUCGGUACCUCCCCGGCUGGCGCUUCCUGUUCGCAGCAGCCGGUGUGCUGUCGAUGACCCUGGCUCUUCUUCUGAGAUUCUUCCUGUCGGAACCCCCAUCCGUCCGGGAGAUCCGGGACAUCCGCAGUGAGGUGAAGCCUGCGAGUUUCCUCACCAUUGUUGGACAGGAGCUUUGUGCUGUGAUACAAUUCUUGCGCAUGCCCACCUUUCUCAUCUUGGUCUUCAUCGGCAUCUUUGCAACGAUCCCGUGGAGUGUCUUCGGCCAGAAGAUCUUCUUCUUCCAGCUCUGCGGCUUGAAAGAUUGGCAGGUCAGUAUCUUGCCAGCAGCCAACAAGGCUACUGCCAUGCUGGGCACAAUUUUGGGUGGCAGAAUGGGGGAUUGCUUCGCACGCUUGGGGCGCUUCGGACGGCCGUUGUGCGCGCAAUUGGCACUGGCCAUUGCCAUCCCCGUCAUGUUUUUGCAGUUCUACGGCCUUCCUCCAGGGGAAGGCCUGUUCUGGGUGUACUUGGUCCUCAUUGUGAUCUUCAGCAUUUUCGGAUUUUGGCCCCAGUGUGCUGCAAACCUUCCCAUUCUGUCUGGCAUUGUGCCCGCCGAAGACAGCUGCAAAGUGAUUGCCUGGCAGAGUGCCUUUGAGAAUUGCUUGGCCCAUGCAGUUGGCCCCCCGAUGAUUUCAGUUUUGUCGUCUGCAUUUGGCUACAGUUUUGGCGACAACCCGGAGCACUCACAUGAGUUGAACUUGGAAAGGGCAAGGGCGCUUGGAAAGGCAAUGGCAGCCACGAUGUGCAUUCCAUGGAUGAUUGCAAUGGUGGCUUAUACAUGUCUUUAUUGGAGCUAUCCCCGAGACAUGGGAAAGUUGUAUGCAUCACUCAGUGCUCUGCUCGGCUGAGACCGGUCUUCCGGUCGCCGUGCAUGCCGGCGUGGUAUGGCUGAAUCUCCUUGCAACAUCCAACCAAAUUGGACCCGGGUGGCAACAUGUGCUGGACCAAUCCUUCAGCAACUGUCCGUAGCCCUGACCAGCUUAGCCCUUGCAUCGUGAAGGCAACGCGUUGUACAGGCGGUGGUUCGGGUCCGAUUUUUCCCAAGGAUUGACCUCUUCUGUAAAGAUGCGGGGUUUUGCUUGGCAUUUUCUGAGGCGUGAUUCUUGCUUGUGAAUGAAUGUAGUGGAUGAAUGACGAUCGGC